CACUAUGGACCGGACACUUGCCCCAGCCCUGUCUUUAAGCCGCUAAUUUUGGAAAAUCAACCGCUUUGGUUGAAACCCACUCAUUUUUUUAGAAUUUCAAGAAGCUUAUCUAACAAAUAAUUUAGCCCUACCAAUGUGCUUUCCAAUAUGAUGCAUAACAUUUCCCUACUCCCAGUAGUUUCAUCGCUAAAGCUCGAAACGUAAACCCUUUUGAGAGCGAUUUUGACAAACUCCAGACACUUUGCCGUUUUUGUCUAGUGUGGCAUUUCUAUUGCCUCUAGGAGGCUGUAAUUUGGCAUGUAGCCCCUCUUGGCAAUCUAGUGUGACCAGCUCGAAGGAUUUUUUGAUAGCUUGAUUCCAAGUUUGUCGUUGAGCCAUCACAAAAUAGCAUGUUUUUCGAUUUUUUCCCCUUUCGAGUCAGUUUUUGAGCCCAGUCGCUUAUUAAAAAAUGUAGCCCUUUCAUUUUGCCAUCGAUUAAUACCAAAAACAUCUCUGUAGCCCCAGAAAUAAGGGAGUUAUGGCGAUUCGCACCAAAGCAGUUGAUCUUCCAAAAUUUGCAGCAAUGACAAGGGCACUGCAAAAUAAAGAGAGUCCGCCAUCCAAUACUUGAGAUGUCACUGCAAAAGCUAAUAAUGCAUGGUGAUAGCUCAGGCAAUAGGUGGGCGCUUUGAGAACUUUGGAUUGUGCGGUGAGAUGCUGGUUGUCAGUGCUAUUUUACGAGAUUCUUUACCAUCAAGUACCACUGAAGUCGCCUCCACACUAAGCAGCAGUGGCACCUAUCAACAGGAGUGUCUCAAUCAUAAGCUGAUAAAGGCACUUGACUGCAGAGCCACAUAUACAACUUCUAUAUCCAACUACUUUAAAGCAUCCACUUCAUCUGCUGAUGAUAUUUCUGCCAAGUGUGUGUCUUCGUCAAGCAGAGAGAGGCAGAGAAGUCCACCGUUGAGGGUAAAGACUAACACAAGGUUCAAUGAAGAACACGAAGGCAAUAGAGAUGAAUGCAAUGAAUCCAUGAUGGGAGAUAUCAGUGAUUGUGACAGCAGCUUCAAACCCUCUAGAAGUAAUUAUUUGGAGGAAGUAAACUCUGAAACAGAAGAGAAAGAGAUGGAUUUACCAUGUGGUAUCUCUGUACAUGACAUUUUCAAUGGGACAAAAUCAUUUCAUAAUAGCUUAGAGUACACUAAAGGUAAUUUUACAAGUAUCCCUUAUAAUAAUGAAAAUCUUGAAAACAGUACUGAAAGAGAAGUGGAACCUGCAUAUCAGUGUAGUGAUAUAACUUCAGAUGGAACGUACAAUACUUCUGUCUCAUCCUUAAAUGAAAGUAAUGAAAUGUUACCAGAUUCAGAGAUCCAUAUGUAUCAAUAUGAUACAGUGAAUGGCAGUAAUGUUUCAUGUAGUGUGAGUACAAAUACUUGUAAUUCUCUGAUGAGCAAUUCAGAAUUGGAAAAUGUUCAUUUUGAGCCACGAUCUGACAGAUCCACAGCUAGAGACACAGCCCAUGAGGUCGAUAGAAAUAGCAAGUUCCACAUUACUGAGGAUAAUUCCACUCUGUUGGAUGUAGUAAGAGAGGAAAAUAUAGGAUCCCAUGAAAGGGAUUCAUGUAACUCUCUAAACCCUUCAUCUAACUUUAAUGAAAAUGAACAAAAUUUGAGAUCUUUGGAAGUGGAUAAGCCUAUUCUAAAUGGUGAUGAACUUGAAAUAAAAAUGGAAGAUCACAAUGAUGCAUUGUCUUGUCAGAUUCAUGAUGAUUACCUACUAGAAACAAAUACACCCAUAAGUACAACUGAAUGGAGGAACCUCUCAAGUUCUGAGCCAGAAUGUGCUUCAACAUCAGGAGACUGGACGACAGAUUCAGAAAACGCACUCAACACUGCACAAAUGUUAGAAGCUGUACCUGUGCUUGUGGAGUGUAAUGGAGAAUUUAUCCAAGAAGAGGCACCCAAAGACAGUUUUUCCUUAACUACUCCUAUGAAUGAUUCCCAUGCAAGAUAUGUAAAUGUACUGAAGGAAGACUUGCUUGAUUGCUCUGAUUCUACAGAAAAAUAUGCUUGCCAGGAAAUGCCUAACACAAGAAAUGUAGGGCAGGAGUAUUUGCCUCCAAGGCUAAUGACAUCAAUGACUGACCAGGCUCUGGAAAAGGAACAGUGUGAAUCUUUUGAGACACCAAAAAUAAAGACCAAUUGUCAGACACAAAAUAUUAGGAAAAAGAGAAGAGUACAUGAAAGUUUGACAGUAAUUUCAAAAGUUUCAUACCAAGAGGAUGAGGAUGAAUGGAUAGGAAAGACUACCAGUAGCAAAUAUGAUGUGGCAGGCAAGGAUAAUGCUAUGGAAGAUAUCCUUCCCACAGUGAAUGAAACACACCACUUGCAAACAGAAAUUCACCAGUUCAAGCAUGAGUUAUUACAGUACAACAGUGCUUCAAGUAGUGCAUGUGAAAAUCCUUGUGGUGCUAUAGCAGAUUCAGCACAUGAAGAAAAUAAAGAAAGCAGUGGCCAAAAUGUCUUGGAAACUUGUAGUAUCAAGUGUCCUAAUAAUGAAGAAAUUUCAGAACCUUCUAGCUAUGUUGAUAAACCUACAAUAAAGUUGGAAUUUCAAGAUAAUGCUCCUUACAGAGGUGAUGAAGAAUAUGUUCCCCAACAGGUGACCUGUAAAGGGAAAAGGAAUAAAAGUAAAAGGGGUAUGCUAAAUCCUGAGCUGGAAUAUAUUCCAACUAAUUUAAAGAAAUUGGCAGAUAGAAGCAAAAGAUCAUGCACAGUUAAAGACUCUUUGGUGCAAGGAAACUUAGCCUGCAAUAUUGGAGCACCAGAAAUAGACCCUGUUGGGUACACUGAUGGAAUAAAAUUAGAAUUUCAGACUAAAGCUCCUUGCAGAGUUGGUAAAGAAAAUGUGUUAGAAAAAGUAGCCCAUAACUGUGAAAAGGGAAAAAGGCAAAAGCAUGUUCCAACAAAUGUAAGACACUUAGCCGCAGAGCAUGUAUCAUGUUCAAGUGAUGGCUCUGAGGUGGAAGAAAGUGAGUUGGCUCAUGGUACAGCAUUAUUCAAAGGUUUUCCUUCGUGUGUGGAGAAAAGGGACUGUGUACCCAAAAGAAAACAGCAACGAAUACAGACAACUGACACCUGUAAUUCAUUGUUCAUAUGUGACAAGAAAAAGGAUACAGAGAAUAUAUUUGAGGAAGACUUGGACUCAGUCUCUACAAACAAAAAUGAUUCCCAGGAAAUGCCUGAUGCAAUGGAAACACCACAAGGGUUGGUGUCACAUUUAAAUGAAGAAAAUAACCAUAGAAAUGACUAUCCACAGAGUUUUCAAAGCUGUACUCAGUCUACUGAGUUAGAUAAGGAACCUUUAAUAAAGUCUACUAUGUUUGACAAUCAGGAAGCUGCUCAGGAAGGAAGGAAGAAAAAUCACCCUUCAAAACAAUCACCUAGAAGUUUCAGGUUCUUAAAUUAUAAUGAUGAAACAUACAUGAAAAGAAAAGGUUUAAGAAAAAAGAAGGUAUGUCACAACACUGGAGAUGUAGAGAUUAACUCUUAUAUGAAUCAGAAAAAAAAAAGUAAAAAGGAACAGAUUACAAGUCAUAUAUCUGGAUCAGAUACAGCAUUGAAAAGCAGAUUAUGUGUUCAUGAUUUUUACUCAAUAUCAUUACAAGCUUCAAACCCAAAACAAGUUGAUGCUUGUAAAGGAAAUAUACAACCAGAAAUUCUUGGGCAUGAACCUGACUAUAGUUCUCUUCAAAGUUCAGCUAGUGAAUUAAUUAGCAGAGAUAAGGCUCGGAAUGUCCUCAGUAAUGUUAAACAGUCAAAUAAAAGGAAAAAGGGACAUCCAGGAGGCAAAGAAGAUAAAGCAGAAUCAAACAACCAGUCAGUCUCUAAUAGCAAAAAGUGUGUUAAGCAGAUAAAGAGACAGAAAGCUAACAGAGAGGAACAAGUUUUGAAAGACUGUAACAAUCUCAAAAUGAAAUUAACUGGUGAUGAUGGAUCGGGUGAAGACUUGAUGCCUACAAAAACUUUGACUCCAAAGAAAAAAGGAAAAUCUGCUCCAGUAAAUAAGAGAUAUGUUUCUUCACCAAAGAAGAAAAAAUCCGAUGAAAAGUGUGUCACACAAGCAGAAGAAUUAGACCAGAUUGAACGAGAUUCAGUGAUGGAGGAAGAUGAAUUGCGCCUGAGAAGGAGCUGUAGACUAAGAAAAAGAAAUGCAUAUUUGAAUUUUUGGUGUGAUGUGGAUUUCAGUGAAGACAGUGACACUGCAAUUGAAACUGAAAAACAUGUGAAAUUUUUUGAAGAAUAUAAGAAGAAGAAGGAGAAAAAAGUAGGUAAAAGUAACCCAGAGCGAGAUGAUGAAUAUAUAUUUAAGAGCACAGGCAAGGGAAGAUGCCCUGUGAAAAAAGGAAGGAGAGGAUCAAAAUCUGCUGAGUCAGAAAGCAUGGAAAACAAGGGAACUGAGAAACUGCACAGUGAAUUUAAUACUCCUUCCAAAGUAUUGAAAAGUAGUGAAAAAUCUGAUAGAACUCCCCCCAAAUUAUUGACACCCACUGCUAGAAAAAAAAAGGCUGCUGGGAAGGGCUGCAAGAAAAUCUGUAAUUUGACUUUUGAUAAUGAACAAGAAGAGAAAAGAGUUAAGAGCAAAAAGAAAUCUAUGAAAGAGGGGAGGAAAAUGUCUGUCUGGUCGAAAAGAAAGCAAGGCUCCUCCCUGAAAAAAGGUGUUAGACAGAAAAAUACAUCAAAAAGUGGCACAUCAACAGUGUAUGACUCUGAAAAAGAUUUAGAGAACUGUGCUUCAACUUCCAAAAUGAAAACACUUCAUCAGACCAUGCUGGCAGGGAUGGAGAAGCAUGAUGCUGUGGGGAGUCGUUUAGUUUCUGAACUAAGGAGGUACCGGAAACCUAACAGAAGUCCAAAGUCAGAAGAUGAGUUCAGUGAAUCAGAGGGUCAGGAGGAACAACCGCAGUCUACAGAAAGAGAGGAUGAUAUAGAUAUAGUCUACUACCAAGACUUGGCCUCUCUCAAAUCCAGCUACAGGCGAUUGCAAUGUAUGACAGAAACGGACCUUGAAGAAAAGCUGGAUGAAAACCUUACCUACCUGGAACAUGUGAUUCUGGGACAUGUUCAUAAUGAGAGACAUGAGAUGUUUAUAUCAUCACUUCAACAGCUGAAACAGCAACAAGACUACCUCAUCAGUGGGCCAUUUACAGAAAAUCAGACAGAGCAUGUUUUGGAGAUGUUGAAGAAAAAACUUGGGCACCUGGACAAUAUGUUUGAUGAUAUGUAUGAUUUACUUGCCUAUCGAUGCCGAGUCCUGAUGCCCACCUUCCUGACAAAAAUCGUCAUGGAUAAUGAGAACGUUAGUUUGAAGAUGGCAGAGCAACUCCUGAUCAAGUUUUCUCUGAAUCACAAGAUUCAUGAGACCACAAACAACAGAAACUGGAGAAAAUUUUGAGACAUGGAGAGGUGGUAAAAUUUUUUUAAUUUAGCAUUGUUGUACAGGAGGCAUGGAAGGUAAUUGUUAUGUUUCGAUCAUUAUCUAGAAAUAUUAUCAAAGGAUGUUUUCUCCUUUUAUCAGUUAGAUUAACAGGCACUGUUUUUGAAGACUUGCCUGGUAGCUAUAGAGGGGUACUUGUUUGAUAAUUAUCAUUUAUCAAGCUACCCAACAAAUUGAUUUUGGUACUUAUUUCAAAUAUAUUUUUCAGAAAUUUUAUCAGAUUAUGUUUUUUUCAUAAUUUGUUUACUUUAGAUUUAGAAGUACAUAUAUGAUUUACUUUUCUAAUGGUUUGAGUACAUAUAUGAUUUACUUUUCUAAUUGUUUGUAAUAUUUUUAGCAAUUUUUUUUUAAAGUAUUUCAACAUGAAUGUCAUAGUAUAUACAUAUCUUAAAAACUCAGUACGAUAGGAUCUUGCCAGUAGUGUCUAAUUGGUGCCUGAAAAACUUUGUUAUUAACAAAAAUAUAUUUUCGUGACAACAACCUUUAAAUGAUGGCUGUUGUCUUCAUAGAAUGUUCUUGAAGCAAUAUCUAAAACAUUGUUCAUUUUUACCUUUGUUCAAUCAUAUUGUAUGAAGCAGAAACUCUGAACACAUUGGUAAAAUCCACAUUACGAUAUGUUGGGUAAUAGUUCUGUUAGAGGGUGUGGAAAAUAGCAAGUUAUGUGAGCGGCCAGCACAAAACGAUAGACUCAUUGCAGUCAGUAGUUUGACGACAGAUAUGUGUCAGAUUGCUUUCUUCACUUUUUCUCUCUUCCUUUCACGAUUGAAUGUCAGUAAUAUGAAUUGAUCUUUACUCUGAAAUAAUUUAGACAAUAUAUACUGAACCCACUUGUACUCUUUGGAGCUGGAUGGGGAUGGUUUAAGGCUUUGAAGGAUUUGAAGGGAUUGUAAGACAAAAGCUCAGGCAGUGUCGAUAAGGGUGAAUGAUGAGGGGAUGAAGGCAGGAAGUGCGACAGUAGAAGAGAUGAAUUAUGACUUGGAUUGGAACAGGAAGGGUAAGAUCAAGAAGUAGGAAAAGUUGGUGAAUUAUGAUCAUAAGAAGAUGAGGAAGGGUGAUGUAGUGAGGUAUUAGGUGAAAAGUGUAUAAUGAUAAAGAAUUUUGGGAGGAAAGGAGUUGUGGUGAGAAAUGGGGAGGAUGAGAAUAGUAUGACCACCCCAGACACACACCUGACACACCCUUCUUACCUGGAUCUGCGAUGGAAGUCCUUGCUGGGGUAAGAGAGUGCAGUGCAGAUGGUGAAGUGACAUAAUCUCUCUACGGCACAUCACUCUCACUACUGCUGUCAUUACUCACAAUGUGUUAUCACUGCUGUCAUUGAACUCGGAAUAAUCUUCACUUUCUAUUCCGUCCUUCCCUUUCAACUUGUCAAUGUGCUUUCUAUUUUUUUCUUGAGAGGUGCUUGGUGCAGCUUCCAUGGCGGCUCAAUCAAGACUAAAGACGUUAUCUCAAAUUCACAAGGGUCAAAUAUACUGCCAUACAGCAACACGACAGAGCAUCUAGUAUGGUACAAUAAGGUAAUUUUUUUCAUAAUGUAAACCGUAGAUUAAUUGCUACCUGUAAUUCCGUACUGUGCCUGAAAAUGAUUCAGUACCACAGCUACUAGUACAAUAAAUUAUUAUAUCGUAA